GUGAGGCGCUUUCAUGGCCCCAUGCGCGGCAGCUCACACCUCGCAGGGCGGCAGUGGAGCUUUCAGUGCGAUGUGUCGAGCAGAGCGGACGUUGAUCGGGCUGCGGAGCGCAUCCGCCAAGAGGUCGGGCACCCGACGAUGCUGCUGAACAACGCCGGCGUCAACCACCCCAACCUGAUCCUCGAUCUCUCUGAUGGCGACAUCGACAGCAUGUUCGACACCAACGUAAAGGCGCACUUCUACACCAUCCAGGCCUUUCUGCCGCACAUGCUCGCGCGCGGCAGCGGGCACAUUGUCUGCACGGCCAGUGCGCUGAGCUACGUCGGCGCCUCGCUCAUGACCGACUACUGUGCCUCGAAGCACGCGCUGCUCGGGCUCAUGGAGGCGCUGCGCUACGAGCUCGACAAGAAGUACAAAGCGCCUCGCGUCCGCACGACGGUCGUCACGCCAGGGCAUAUCCGCACGCCGCUGUUUGCAGACGUCAAGACGAGCGCACUUGCCGCAUUUCUGAGCCCCACGCUCGAGCCGCAGGCGGUAGCGCAGGCGAUGGUCGAUGCGCUCGAGCGGCAGGAGAGCUCGCACAUCGCCAUGCCCUUCUACGCUCACUCUGCGCCGCUGCUCAAGACGUUGCCGUCGUUCCUGCGCGAUCUGGCGCAGUGGAUCGCAAACGCGGACGACACCGUCAGCGCCUGCACCAAGGCGAGAUAGGAAUGCAUGGCAUGGCAGUGGCCGGGGGAUCUAUGGUGCGGGGUA